CUCACCAAGCAACUAAGCAAGAUAUCAUCACAUUGCAAAGAAAAUACACAUUACAUUACUAAGUCUUUGUUCAUUUGAGUAGUAGUGAUGGCUAGCCUCAAGGUUGCAUGUGUGGUUGCUGUGAUGUGCAUGGUUGUGGUGGCCAUGAGUGCUGCACCCAUGGCACAGGCCGCAAUCACGUGCGGGCAGGUCGCCGGCGACAUGUCUCCGUGCUUCAGUUAUCUUCGAAGCGGCGGAAAACCGUCGCAGGCCUGCUGCAACGGAGUGAAGUCCCUCAGCAGCGCGGCGAAGACCACCGCGGACCGCCAGGGGGCGUGCAGUUGCCUGAAAAACCUUGCCAAUAAUAUGGGACAGAGUUUGAAUGCCGGCAACGCAGCCUCUCUCCCUGGCAAAUGUGGCGUCAACAUCCCUUACAAGAUCAGCACCUCCACCAACUGCGCCACCAUCAAGUUCUGAAGGGCAAUUUUUCAGUCGCAGAAUUCUAUAUAUGAUAUAGUAGUGAUGUAGAAUUUAACUAUUGUGUAAAAUAAAGGGAGGGCAAUGAGGGAUCCACCAGUGCGAGUCUCUUCUUGGUAUUGCCGUGUCCCUUAGUUGUUUCAGACUUUGAUCCAGUUAUUAUGUUAUUUUUACGUGUUCGCUGAAAUUUGUCUCAGUUGGUUGUUUGCAUAUGUAAUAAUGACAUAAAUAGUACUUUUUGCAGUUAUCUUGA